AUGUUGUAUCGCGAAAUCUGCGAAACCCAUCUUGCGUGGGAAAGUGAACUCCCAGAGGAAUUGAAGAAACGUUGGAUGAAAUGGCACUCGCAAAUGCCAGAACACUUCUCGGUUCCGCGAUCGUUAGUACCACGUUAUCAACCAGUGUUGUCAAUAUCAAUCCAUGCAUUCGGAGAUGCAAGCAAGAAUGGGGUGUCUGCCGCCGUGUAUGCCGUGGUUGAACAGCAGGAAACGACGACACAAGGGUUAGUGUGUUCCAAGUCUCGACUGGCGAAGCGUGAUCUUACGAUUCCACGUUUGGAGUUGGUAGCAGGGCAUAUGGCGGUCAAUCUUGGGUCUAAUGUCGAAAGAGCAAUUGGCAUUGAGAAGGUAUCCGGGGUACAUUGCUGGUUAGACUCCACCGUGGCAUUGUACUGGAUCAAUGGCCAAGGCGAGUACCGUCAAUUUGUCGCCAACAGACUGAAGAAGAUCCAAGAGCACGAGCGCGUUAAAUGGCACCAUGUUCCCACUCACGAGAAUCCAGCAGAUCUUGGGAGUCGUGGGGGAACGAUCGACGAAAACGAGUUUUGGCAGCGUGGACCAGCAUGGCUUAGUGAUCCAAGCAGAUGGCCCCCGCAAGUCACGCUCACAGCCAACGAAAGGGUGAAAGAGGAAGCGAAACGAGAGCGGAGUCCCCAAGUCCUGACGACAUCUAAUAAAUCUGCAGAUAGUUUCGACGAGCUAAUCAGCAAAUUCUCCUUACGGAAAACCCUGAGAAUGGACCUUUUGCAGAAUAGACCAACUUUUGAAUUAGGCAGCAAAAAGGAAAUUUCCGAAAAGUCCAUUGGAGCAUGGAUCCACAGAUUCCUAACAAACUGUAGAAGUCGAACUGACAAAGUGAGUGGCCCACUCAAAACACAAGAGAUUGAAAGGCAAAACUUAUGGUGGAUCCAGAAAACCCAACGCGAAGCACAACGCAGUGGGGAAAUCGACAAAGACAAGAUACAACUCAACCUGCAACCAAACAUAUCAGGAAUCUUGGAGUGUAGAGGAAGAAUCGAAGGGGAAUACCCGAUAUACUUGCCAGAGAAUCAUGUCUACACGCAGAAACUUGUGGAAAAAACGCAUCUUUCCACACUCCAUGGAGGAGUAGCCGCGACCAUGUCCAAAGUUAGAGAGCGUUAUUGGAUCCCAAAACUACGCCAGCUCGUGAAGAGAGUUAGAAGGAAGUGUUACGGGUGUAUUAAGUUUCGCACCCAAGCCUACAACAACCCACCACCUGGAAACCUCCCACCUACCCGGACUGACGGCUCUGCACCAUUUCAAGUCCUCGGAGUGGACUUCGCUGGCCCAAUUCAGUGCAAGACGAAAGCGAACGCAGUCAGAAAAGCCUAUUUGGUCCUGUACGGCUGUAGCUUGACAAGAGCAGUGCACCUCGAGCUGUUGAGAUCUCUGGAAGUUUCUGAGUUCCUACCGAGUCUAAAGAGACUUAUAGCACGACGCGGACGUCCUGAGAUAAUAUAUUCGGACAACGCAAAGACCUUCAAAGCUGCGAAGAAGUGGUUGAGCAAAGUACAAAAGGGAGAAAAUCUACACGCGUUCCUGACAGAUCGUUCAAUCAAAUGGAGAUUCAACCUCAGUCGGGCCCCUGGUGGGGGGGGGGGCAGUUUGAACGGCUCAUUGGACUAUUCAAGCGAGCCUUUUACAAAACCAUUGGGAACGGCAACCUAA